GUGACGUUGCUUCCGGGCGAGUUCACGCAGACGAUGAAUUUGGACAAGUUUUCCGCAUACUUAGCAAAGUCUGCGUAUUGUGACACCCAUAGUUUUUCUUUAAUUUCAUCAUUACUUCUGUAACCUCGGAGCACUUUCCACAAUACAUAUCCUCAUCGCAACGUCUGCUGUAAUGGGAGGAUCGUCAUCAAGAGAACCGCCGAAACCAGAACCGAAACCGAAACCACUUCUCACAGAUCCAUGGCGUGAAGUUGAAUUUAGUGAUGAUGCUUACAUGAAACUUCAAGAAGAAAUAAAAAAUCACCAACCACACCCUAAGGCUUCCACAACAAACAUUAUUAUUUUGGGCAGUGUGGGUUCCGGAAAGUCAAGCUUUCUGAAUUCUGUGCUCUCAGAACUCAGGAGAGAAGAAUUCAACGGCAGAGUGCAAAACAUUGAAGCCGUGAGACCAGGUGCACAAACAAGCGUCACACAACAUCUAAGAUGCCACACAUUCAAUGACAAGAUCAAAAUCUUUGAUACAGCAGGAUUUGAAUUGGAGAAAACAGUAAAUGCCUCGAUAAUAUUAAAGAAGAUCCUAGAUGGUGAAGUGGCUGAAGGCACAAAGUUUGAUGGUAUUCUGGAAACAAAAAUCAAAAUGGAAGGAGACAAAAUCCACUGUGUUGUGUUGGUUAUAUCAAUUCAUAACGCUGAAAAUCUGGACCCAGCCUUGAUUCAGUUUUAUGAAGAAUUCAUUGGAAUGCUCACAGAGACUGGAGUACCAUACCAGCUGCUUGUUACAUUCAUUGAUAAACAUUUUGAGACGACUGAGGAUUUUAAAAGUCUGUACAGGAGAAGAGAUAUAAAACAAAAGAUUGAAAACGUAGCAAAGAAGAUGAGAAUUUCAAUGAGCAACGUCCUUGUGGUUUCAAACUACUUUGAGGAGGUGAAAAUUAACCAAAUAAAAGGAACUCUGCUGUUGGAGGCGUUUGGUCAAAUGCUGACGGCUGCAAAACCCUUUCAAGAGAGAAUGUAGUGUAUCACAUAUCACACCUGAAACACGCUGAGCCCAUUCACAACUUUAAUUGAUUUCCAAUUGGAGAAUGGCCACUUUGUGUAUAAGAGAAGCCAAUUACUUUGUUUGGAGAGAGACUGGAAGCAGCAGGAGGCUGUGGUCCCAGAUAAGAAAAGUAACACCCAAUCAGCGCUAUCACAGAGUUACUUUUUGUAUUUAUGAAUUUAUUUAUUUAUGAAUCAUACUCGUAUAUUCUUUGUUAAAUCUAUUUCUAUAUAUAUAUGUAUAUUUUUUUAUAUAAAUUUAGAAUCGUCAAUUUUUUCACCAUUUUCUAUACCCAUUUUUUAUACCCAAAGACAGGCGGUUGCAUAGCCCGUACUCGAACCAGGUUAUAGAGCACUCCUGCCGUCAGCUUUGCAUAAACAGAAAAAUUGUCAAUAAGCGGCUUUGAAUUAUUCAGCAUUUAAUCUAUUGUUUAAUCUAUCAUUUUAUGAAAAAAUUAUUAAAAACACAAUGUUGAUUCGGAUUCAUUCACUCUGUCACAAUCUCCCUCUUGAGCUUUGCUAGCACUGUACAACAGGAACUGCGUGCCUCGUACUCAAUGGUUGGGCAGUUCAUUCCAGGGUCAGUCGGAAGCCGGCCAUUCAGGAAGGGGGUGGCGUCACGGUACCAGGAGCCCUCGCCGUAGUACAGCGAGCGAUGUUUCAGUCAUGAAUUGGAGGAGGCGUGAUGGAACUAGCUAUCGGUCCGUGUCUGUGUUUUGUCUUAUUAUUUCGGGACUGCAAACCCUUUUGUUAUAUGCUGGCAAUACCCAUUUUUGGGUAGAGCCAGCCUUAUUAUUUAACAGUCUCAAACAAAGGAGGAGAACUGUUUGAACCGUAACUUUGUGUCUGUCGUUGUCUGGAGCACCUGCAUCACCCCUACACCUACGCACUGCAACGCACACAUUCACACUACUAUACUUGAGUACUCUUGUUUAAAUCUAGUUCUAAAAACUUCAAUUAAUGAUCUUUGAAUUAAUCAGCAAUUAUUAUUAUUAU